GUGAUACGACGGCGGUAAAACUAAAUGAAUAGUCAUUUUAUUGCACCGUGGGACCCGGGGAGUCACUGCAUUGGCCCCUGUAGACUCCAUCCCUCUAAUACCUUUGGUUCUGUUGUAAACAGAUGCGCCCCCUGCAGGCGGCUUUCGCCACCUGCUCCUCCUCCUCCUAUACUCGGCUCCUCUGAUUCCUCCGCUCCUCAUUCACUAGAAGAUGGCGGACUGCGCUCCACUGUUAGAUGAGGAACUCUCGUCAUUCGUCUUCAAUUACCUGACAGAAAACUCCUGCAGCCAGUAUGGGGAGGAGGAGGUAUGUUCGGACCGUUUGGACACCGAUUUUUCUGACAUCGACCUCUCUCAGCUGGACACCAGUGACUUCGACAGCGUCAACUAUCUGAAUGAGCUGCAGUGGUGCAACGAUCAGCCAGCAGAUGCCUCACCUGCUUCCAUUCACUAUAGCACAGCAGAUAAGCUGUUUGAGAUAGAAGAGGAGAACGUGGACCUUCUUGCGGCUCUGACCGACAGUUUGGAUGGCAUAGUUGAUGCCGAAGUGGGCGGGCUCUCCGUCUUUCGUACCCUGGGUGAGGAGCCUGACCAGGAAGACGAGGAAGAGGACAGUCUUUCUCUCAGCGCCGAGCACCUCAGCCCGUCCCUGGGCGCUGAGACGGAGAACCGAUCACUACUGGAGAAACUUCUGCUGACUCCUCCCAACGUGCCCACAGGCAACGAUGCCCACAAGGAUGGAGUGCACAGCCAACGUUACGGCAGCAGAAGCCUGCAGCUGCGGGCAGUCAGACCUCUGGUCAAGACUGACUUCCCUCAGGUGCGCAAAACUCGGGCGGUGCGUCCGGCGGGGCAUCUCUGCACCGAGCUCCACAGACACCUCACCACCGCCCAGGAUGCAGAGGACGUCCCUGACCCCGACACAGAGGAGGAUGAGGAGGACGAGGAAGAUGGGGACAGUGAUUCGGAGGAGGAUGAGGAGGAAGAGGAGGAGUCUUCCAGUAGCGAGGUAGAGGGCGCCGCGGUGCCGGUCGCUGUCCCUGCUGAGCCACUGAAGCCUCAGUUCAGCUCAGAGAAAGAGCUGCACUCAGUGGUGGGGCUCAUCACCUACAUGCACACCUACUGCCUGCCCAUGAGAAAGCAGCAGGGCUGGGAACGCAAGGAUCGUGACUUGUCCAGGUCCAGGACCAGACCUGAGGCCUCUCGCCCACCUGCCACAAACUCUGUCAGUAGAGUUGUUUUAGUGUCCACUCCUGGGACCAAUGUGGGCAUUGCUGGGACGAGCAAUAGCGCCCCCAAGAGGCUUCCCUUUGCAAAGCAGAGGGAGAUGAAGGCCAACUCGGUUCUUCGUGAACUCCUGCAGCUGAGCAGCUCUUUCGAUGUGAGCAAGCCUUACAGACUGCAUAGCCCACCUUACUCCCACUCCCGCAGCCCAAACAAAGGAGUAGCUGCUCCUUCUACCAAACCACACUUUACCCACUCCCCAAACUCCACCACCUUAAAGUCAGAGCUUGGUAAAAACUCUUAUUCCCCAGAGAGAGGUAAAUACGACUCUGAGGCUCCUCAGAGAGCAGAGGAGCCUGCCGAGGACAACGGCUCCUUCUCCGUUCGACGUUCCAGACGUUUGGCCUCCUUCCCCAGUCGCUUUGGUAAAAGACGACCUGUGAGGCUGAGGGAAACAGGGAGCAAGGACAGGCACGAGCAGGAGGAGAUCAAAGUUCUGCCAACCCAAGCUGGAGGUGGAACCACGGCAGAGGUUCGAGCAGGGCAGCCGGUGCACAGCGAUGGCAGCAAUGUUGCCACUGAGCCAACCAUUCCCUGCUGCCACAAUGAAAAGCGAGCUUGCCUCUGCUUGCCUCUGAACCCCAAGUCCACAGGAGAUUCCCAGUUCGGAACUAAGCCUUUCGAGCAGACGCUCAGUGUGGAUCUAUGUGGAACAGCAGGUCUCACCCCUCCCACUACCCCGCCUCACAAACCUGUUGAGGAUGAACUCUUCAAGCCAACAGAGGGAGGAAAGGGUGGCAGCAGCAGUGACGACGGCAGCGGUGGCGGUGGUGCAGAGACGGUCAGUCUGACAUCACAUGUCAACCCCAACAUUACCACGAAGGCCUCAUCGUGGCUGAGCCGGGCCCAUCCUCAGAGGAAGCUUCCUGAACAGACGGAGCUGUACGCCCAGCUGCGUCGCAUGGGCCAAGCGGGUGACAGCGACACCAACCGAAACUUUGGCGACCACGACUACUGCGCACUCAGCCUAGCAGAGAGCCGCAAGCGUAGUGCCGCUAUGCUUGGUGCCAUACUGCAGGCACAAGGAGGGAAUGAUGGGGUCGGCGCCCCGGCAUCCAAGGCUACCGACGAUCAGGAAUUAGUUGUGAAGGACAGGCUGAUGUCAGAAGACGGAGAGGCGAAGGAGCAGCAGACAAACAUGGUUGUGACAUCAUCUUCCUUCCUGCCACCGUCAGACUGUCAGUCGGUACAAACUGCAAUACCAGCUUCAGAAGAGGAGGUGGAGAACUUAUCAGAGUCCCGGUCGUCCUCACCCAUCCUUCCAUGUCCAGAUUCUCCUGCCAGCAAGACGGACUACAGUGAGAACUCUGAGAUCUGUCCUGACGACACACAGAGCAACACAGCCACGUCUGACGAGGACAACUGCCAGGUGUUUUACAUCCACAACCUGCCCAACAGCGUGACCCAGAACAUGCUGAGGAAACGCUUUCAAGUUUUUGGCAAAGCAGAGGACUGCAAAGUCAUCAUCUGCAACGAUGAGCGUUGUGGGGUGAUAAAGAUCCGCCAGGCAGGGUCUCAAAGACACUGGAGAGAGCGGGAUAGUGGACCUGCAGGCCUCAGAAGGCUGACAAGGAAACGCUACAUUGACCUUGAUGAAGCAGGUCCAGGUCCUGUCAAGAGCAAGUACGAUGCACUGGACUUUGACACUCUGCUGAAAGAGGCCCAGAAGUCCCUUCACCGCUGACAGCACAGCACCCAUGACUGGUUUGCCUUAGGAAACUGCAGCAAACAUCCCUCCAACUACACAGCUCUGCUCUCAGAGAAGGCCUCUUCGUACCUCGACGCAAGGCGACCUCGCAAAAUGUUUACAUUUUUACCAUUGGAAUAAAGUACCGACACAAACCUUGGUUUUUUAUGUUUCUUUCACCGGAGGAUACUGCUUAAAAAAAAGAGGAAGCCUCUGAGAGUCCCGACGAGCUAAGAGACUGUUGAGCAAAUGGAACUUUUAAACGUACAGCAACUAAAAAAAAAACAAUAAUAUAAUUGUCUGCUGAACAAUAACAACAAAGCUGCUUCCAGUCUGAGUCGGUGACAUCAUCACCCAUCCUUGAAUACAUGGGUGUGAGAGACUUCUGUAGCAAUUCCUUGCUAUUCCUGCAUCGCGUUGGUUGUUGUGGCGUGCGUUUCCGCGUGUGCGUGUACUCUGUUCGGUUUAUUUUGUUAAAAAAAAAAAAAAAGGAAAAAAAAGAGAAAAAUAAUCACCCUAUUUCAGACCAGGGGUGGUGAAUGUGCAAAUUCCGUUCACCAUAAAGUUGUGUGGUUGUGUAAUAGGGAAAAAAAAUAAUUUAACCAUGUUUCGUUUUAGAGGGGAAAAAUGUGGAUGUUUUAAAAUCUAAGUGUGUUUUAUGGACAAAGAGUAUAAAAAACAUUAAAUGUAAUCAUUUGAUGACUGAUAAAGUUUACAAAUUUGAAAUGAAGAAGAAAAAAAAUCAUGUUUUUUUUCUUUUUUUGUAAUUGUAGUGCUUCCUUGAUUUAAUCUAUGCACUGUAAGGAGGUAAAUGUCUCCUCUGUCCUCUACUUUUCCCCCUGACGACUCUUAUCUGUAACUCUGCCAUGCUCACUAUUUUUGGCUUAUGCUACUGGCUGCUGCAGGCUCCGUGUGAUCCGUGCUUGAAACGUUCAGACCCACAUCUUAGAUGUGGGUGAAAACCCUCUUUCACCAAUUUCAAACAAAACCUGUUCCUGGAAAUUAUUCUACCAAACAACAAAGAAUUUAAAAACACUGCUCAGGAUAUGGUAAAGGGUAGAUCUAUAGAUUUUAGUCUAGUGUUAUUAAAAAGUGAGAUGAUAUUAAACUCUGUGUGAUACUGAAGAUGGCUCUGGAUUAAAAAAAACAUCUUCCCUAUUACAAUUUUUUCCUGCAUUAUGAAGCCUGUACUAGUUUCAAAACUGGCAUCAAUGAACAUAUAAAUGUAAUGUAUAAUCUUAUUGGCUAGUUUAAAGUCUUCAAUAGAUCUUGGUGUUACAUUUUUGGUGAAGAUUAAUUUACUUCAUAAAACAGCAUUCAUUCGUAGAGAGUGACUGAAGAAACCAUAUGUUGGGUCUCAAUUCCAGGUUAUAUUAAUGACUGAAAUCCAUUUUCUUUGCUCUGGCCCAGUUAUAGUCAUUACUGGAUCGUACCAGGUUUUUGACUAAAUCAAAAAAAGGCUCCAUGUCAUAGGCUCAAAGAUGGGAGGACUUAGCUAGGUAGGCGUACAACUCAAUUUGCCGUCUGUUCCACAACAUAGUCUAAAUUUUUAUUAGACUGCUAAUAAAAAAAGUCAGAAAUUUAGGUUUUACCCAACAACAAAUUCUUCUGUUGAUUAAUCCCAGCCGUACCAGGGUAUAUUUACGUUCUGUUGAUAUUUUGUUGUUUCAUUCAAAUCAAGCUGUUUUUUCUGAACGGUUACCAAGGUGUUUGACACCAGAUAAUUAUCCAAAACCAAUUGCAAAUGUUAGUGUUUACACUGAGACUGCAGCUAGCAGGAGUGAAAUGAGAAAUAAAAGUAGUUGUUAGCACUUUUAUACCCAGUUCACCACACCUCCACCAUCUACAAUCUGACUAAGAUCUAAGAUUGGUUGGUUAAAAGUGAAUGUAUUCAAUAAUCUGAAUGUAGUCACAGUGUCCUCCCAUUUCUACUUAUCCAAAGACUUUGCAGUUAUUAAAAGUGGAUUUGCUCAGACAGUCAACUUGCAUGGAUCAGCUAGUAGCAUCUGAAAGUGCAGCCUGUCUCGUGGUCCUGGUGCAGCCAGUAGCAGCCACUGUCAAAAGAGAGACGAUGCCUCCAAGCCUGUCAAUGUGGUGGCAACUAACUGUAACAAAGCCAGGGGAUGAGUGAGGUGUGGGCUUGGUAGUGAUGGGGAAAAAUAACAAAAACAAUAUUUUGCAAAGAGUCUGAUUUUCAUGUCCAGGAGGUACUGUAUCAGCUGAGCAUCUCUACCUCACAUCCAUCCAUACUUGGUCUCCCUGUCCAAAUUUGUCUGACCUGAAAGUCCCUCUCUUGUUUGUUCUGUUUUGUUUUGGUCAUUUGUAAAAUCUGUUCAAUUUUUUCUGGGGGUUUUAAGUUGGGUUUUCCUUUUAUACUAUGACUCCUUCUGCUACAACGUCCUUUUUGAAAGGAACAAUCUGUACCUGUCUUUAUCCUCCGCUUGCCUCUAGGUGGUUUCAAGCGUGUCCGUUUUUUGGAGUCUCAAUAGUGUGUCUUUGUGAGUGUUGUCUUUGUCUCGUGUUUGAGUCGGACACCGCUGAUGCUUGCAGGUCAGUGCAAAGGAGUAGGGAGGGGGUAGAACGGUGAUGGUUCAGUGGAUGGCUGCUCCCCGGGCACGGCUCCGCUGUCAUGUCUUCGGGGACAGAGCCAUUCAUCCUGAUUUCUCCAUUCCCUCUCUCCUUGGAAUUUUAGCCUUUUCAGACUCUCUUCCUCUCUCUAUAACUCGCUUUCCGACCCCGUGGGUUUAGUAUCUUCUUGUUUGAGAUCAGAACCCUGCUAACCUCCUCCACUACCCUUCUUUUUUAGGCAAACAAUCCCUGUGGCGCCAAAUCCCUCUGCUAUCUAAUCAAUACCUUGGUAACACACACACACACACACAAAAAAAAUGAAUGUUUACAUCACUUGAUUCUCCUUUGACUUUAUUAGGAACGCACACUAAGUACAAAGGCGCCUUAUUCAGUGUUUAAAUUAAAAAAAAAAAUAAAUAAGCUAGUGAAGGGGCCAGGAGAGAUGAACACUUUUUAUCUCUUCUGAGGCUCACUGAAACUAAAAAAAAAAUUUAGUGCUAUACAUACUGAUUUUGAAACAAGGUGUCAGGGAAAAAAGGAGAAAUAAUUUAAAUUGUAACAAAAACUAAUUGCAAACAACUGAAUGAGUAUUUGUGCUUAGUAUGUAUACUACUAAAAAGUGAGAGAAUGUGCUGGUUUACAUAUAAAAAAUAUAUAUUAUGGAUAUAUAAUGUGUAUAUAGCACUAUGCCUCAUUGUAAACA